CAACGCCCCCGCGGCUCCGUCUCCUCCUUCCUCUUCUUCUCCUUCGUGCUCUUCAUGAUGACGAACAACAGCACCGAGGAUCUCUCCACGCGAAACCAAUACAUCGAUGCUUUACAGUCGUUUGAGUGGCAGAUGGGGAAUUAUACGGCUUGGGUGAAUGGGACGGAUCCGGGGGGGUUGAACUUUACUAUGCCCGUGAAACCAGCAGCCGAAGACGGACUCGUCGAGACGUUCCUCAACCCAUGGCCCGGACCCGUCCUCGAUCCGCUCAUCGCAUCUUACUUCCCCAACAUCACAGGGUUCAUCCGGGGCACCUCCACGCCCCUCAACAUCAGUCCCUCCGCGCUCUCGUCCGGCUCUGGUUCAGCGUACGGCGAGGCAUCUGGUUCAUCGUACGACGAGGCAUCUGGUUCAUCGUACGGCGAGGCGUGGUACCCGUUCGCGAGGGACCUAAUGGCAUCGAGCAACGAGACGCUCAUACAAGAGAGUCUGGGGGAAUGGAAUUGGACGGUCGAGGGGGGGAAGGUGGCGUUGAGUGUGACGGACGCGAGGGUGGAGCUCGAGGGGGGGAAUAGGACGGAUGUGGCGCUGUUGCAUGGCAGGAUAGAAUUUACGGAUCCGAAUAAGGAGGACCAGCUCCGGCUUGAGUUUGAAGGCGUGCAUUUCAUCGCGAAUGGGAGUAUUUACGGGUUUGCAGAACCUGCAGGCUCAGGCAUCGACAUCCGCGAACUGCCCUCGCUCGUCCCCGCCACACACCAAAACUCCACAGCCCAACUCAUCCUGCCCGAACUCUCCGCGCGCAUAACCAAACUCCGAACCCUCAUCUCCUCCGGCACAAUCGACUCUUCCUCCUCCUCCUCCUCAUCCGACUCAGGCGCCGAACCAUCCUGCCUCUUCUCAGUCUACGCCCAACUCUCGCCCACAUCCCUCACCUUCCAAGAGAUGCAAGAGCUCGAAGAAGAGACGUUGAGGCCGACGGGGGCGGGAGUGCGGAGGAGGCCGGAGAUGCAGGUGAGGGCGGUUUUGAUUAGUCGGAGGUGUGGGGUUGUGAUUAGGUUGGGAGAGAAGGGGACGGAGGGGUUGAGGACUGUGCAGUUUUUUGGGAGGAUAACGACUUACGCCGGCUUCGCAGCAUGCAUCUACCUCGCCCUCCUCCUGCUCCUCUCAAGACAAAUGGCGGUCUCGCGCACGCCCGCGGCCCUCGCGAGGAUAUCGAGAUGGUCGUUCUUUGCGCAGGCUCUGGCGGAUUCGAUUUCGUUUGCGAGCCAUAUAACAUUCGCGAUACUCGCAGAGGGCAGGCCUUCCCUGUCGCUCGUCGCGCCUGCGUUUUUGGCGUGUAUAUUGUUCGCUAAUGAAGUGCAAUUCGGAAUGCUCAUAUACUCCGUGCAAGCGCCGGAGGACGCCGUUGCACGACCAGCCCCUCCCGCACCAGUACCUGUACCUGGUUCGGCGGCUGCACCUGCGCCGACGACAACACCCGCACUUGCACCUGCUCCGGGUCUGGCACCUGCGUCUGUAACUGCACCUGGUUCGACACCUGUGCCACAUAUGAACUCUACGGAUUCAUCACUUGCACUUGAAGUCGAACCUUCAUCUGCGGUGGAAACGGAAAUAAUAGUCCCCCCUGUCGUCCCUACCGCACCUCCCGUAACACCACAAACUACACCUCCGACUACUACAACACAAGCAACCCCAAGAAGACCAGAACCCUCGAUAUUAAGACUCGCGUGGAGUAUUGUCAGACACGAUUCACAGACGAGGACUUGGCUCCUAACCUUCCUCCUCAUAACCCUCGUCGUCCGUCUCCUCCUCGCGCCCUCCCUCGGUCUCCUCUUCUUCGCAGCAUUAUACGGCUCGUUCUGGAUUCCGCAGAUCGUGAGGGCGGCGAGGAGGGGGAGGGGAUGUGGGUUGGAGGGGAGGUAUUUGGUGGGGACGACGGUGGGGAGGGGGGUUUUGGCUGGAUAUUAUUUGAUCUACCCAAAGAACGUGCUAGAUGUCACGCCCCGAUCAUGGAUGCUUCCCCUCAUCCUCUUCAUGCUCGCCCAAGUCGCCUUCCUCAAAGCCCAAGAUAUCUUCGGGCCAAGAUUUUUCCUUCCCAGCGGCAUGUCCGAAACCCAGACCUACGACUAUCACCCCCCGCUCCCCGUCCCCGACGCCGAAGCUCCCGAAGCGAGUCUCGGAGAUUGUGCCAUCUGCGUGGACGCCAUCCUUCCCGCCCGACACGCACAUACGCCGUCUGCGGAGGAAGAAAAGGGACUGCUCGGUGGCGUGAGUAGCAUCAACAUCAACAUUAGCAGUAGUGGCGGUGGCGGUGGAGGUAGUGGUAGUAGUAGAAGAGGAGGAGGAGGAGGGCUGGCGGGGUUGUGGAACGUCGUUAAUGGGAGAGCGAGGGAGAGGACGAUGAGCGGGAGGGGUGGGGGUGGGGGAAGGAAGAAUUAUAGUUUGGCGCCUUGUCAUCAUUUAUUCCAUACUGAAUGUCUUGAACGGUGGUUGGCUAUCAAGAACAUCUGCCCACAGUGUCGAAGACCGUUACCUCCGCUCUAAGGCUUUGGAUGGUGCGACGCGAUCGCGUCGAACAGAGGGUGCGCAGGGAUACGUAGCCUGCUCCCACGCGAAGUAACAACCACUCGAACAGGAAAAGGGGUUGCAGGAUGAUCUACAUGGAUCGAAGAUCUCUCCGUAGCGAGUAGUUGCUGUGCCCUGGUCGAUGACUAUCUCUACGCACGAACUUGUCAAAGCCUAAAGGCAAGAAUAGUUCUUCCAGAGGACUCACAGCGUCGUCGCCUCGUCCAAGUACUUCUGCCUCCGUAUGGCUUCAUUCGCUGCGAGGCGCCUGCCAUUACGUUCUUCAGCUUCGACCCCCCGGUGGAAGUUACGGCGACGGGGACUCACUACAGACCCCUUUUGCCUCUGCCAAAAGACUUCUCCGAGGGUCAUUCCCCUUGUCAUCCAUGUGCUGCAAGACAGCUGCUACAAUCGCUAUGUAGUUAUUGGCACCUCCAACCCUUCAACUGCGAUACUUGGCCCAACAGUUCGACGGGCGCUUCUGCAUGUUCGAUCAUAGGAUUUAACGACUGACGAACACGGAACCAUUCUCCCUUUCGCUCAUCGCCACUCAUGCGGACUCGCGCUCUGGGACAGCUCGCCACUCGGGACUCAACCACUACUGCGGCAGAGAUCAGACUCGGGCUCUGCGUGGACAUCUCGGCACGAUCACUGUGGUUGUACGACUACGUCCAAACUUUCUCUACCGAGGUUCAAGCGAUCUGGCUGCGCAAGAUCUCUGCGAUGUCGGUCAUAUUUCUCCUGAACCGAUAUCUCAUGCUGCUCGGGAUUAUCGCGGGGAUCUACGAGGACGCGCCUGGGACGGGGACGACCACUAGGUGAGUUACUCUUUCAUUCCCUCUCUCUCCUGUUUAUUGUUCAGGGAGCUCAGGUGGGGUUGUACGCUCAGCUGUAAUUAUGUACUCCAUGCGGGAUUCUUGUGUGGCGUCUUCUCCGUAGCAUGUACCAACGCGUUGUUUAUUAUGAGGUUGUAUGCUAUAUAUAACGAGAACCGGUGGAUUGCCGCGGUCACCUCUACGCCGGUGUUGGGUAGGGUUGCGAUCGACUUCUGGGAAUUCAAGACAAUACAUGCCACGAACGCUAAAGUAGACGUCGAUGAAUCUUGGAGCUCGCGAUGUACGGAACAACUGCUAUUCCACGAUCCGAGCAUCUUUUAUUCGUUGACCGCCGCGACAGCAUGUCUAGCUCUUUUAUUCGACACAAUGAUCCUCGUACUGACUGUAAGGAAAACAUGGCACCAUGUUAUGGAGAUGCGACAUCUGGGACGGACAGGGCUCAUGGAGGUCUUUCUUCGCGAUGGCAGUCUGUACUUCUUACUCGCUUUUAUUAUCACGGUCAUUCAAUUAUCAACGAACAUCAUCUCCAGCAUGCAUGAUCCAGAUUCAACCUCAUAUCUCGGUCAAAUCAGCUCGAUCAUCAACGCAUUUUACGAC